UUUUAUAACAAGGAAAACAUUUUCAGCGUAAUGGUUUAGUAUAGUUUAAAUUUUUGUUCGAAUAAGUAAUAUUUUGCUCGUUAAUUAUAUGAUAGGCGAGAGUUUUAUCAAAUUUUAAAUAAUGAAGGCCAAAGUAUUCGUACUUACAUUCCUGUGCAAUUUGUUUUUAUUAACACAAGCAACGAUCUCUAAUGAAAAUACCACAAUACUAGAUGGAACAGCUUCGAACUAUACUACCAAACAUGUUGUGGGUGGUAGGCCUAUUGUAAUUCACACCCAAAUUCAACAUUAUGACCAACCAACGUUGAAAGAGUACCAAGAGUGCCAUGAUAAUUUAUAUAAAUGCAAAAAAGUGUGUGAAGGCGUCGAAGAUCCAGUGGUAUGUGUUAAGGAGUGUCCAGUUUGUCCGUUCCUAGUAAAAGAGAAAAUUGUAGUGCAGGGCAUUAACGAUACAGACUUUACACCAAUGUCAGCAACGCCCCUAAAUACCACAAAUAUAAUACGAUUGACAAAUCAAAUUCGGAAUGUUAUUGAGAGUCAUCAGGGCAAUAUAACUUAUCGUAAUGAAAACAUAGUCCAUGUACAUCAGAAUAUUUCAAGAGUAGGUGGUAAAUAUGGACUGGGCUAUAACAACACCGACCCAUGUUGCAUAAUUGUGAGAUCAUCGAAAAAUUGUGAAAUUAAGCCAUUCUCGACAGCAACCCGUUGCCACCACAAACGUCAUCGGGUCUGUGGCAAACAAUGUAAAUCACGUGUGAUGAUGGCCAAACGUGUGACUUUAUGCGAAAACGCAGACCCAUUCGAUGCAAAUGAAGACUAUAGUGAAGACAAUUGUCGCGAAACUGUAAAAUAUGUCCCAUAUCAGUCCCGUUGGAAACAUAACGUUAGAUCGCGAAAUAAAUGCUCAUACGUACCUUCUUGGCCAUAUGUUGUAUGUGGCCAAAAUGGAAACAGCUAUGAACAUUCCAUAUGUAAGCGUUGUCAACGAUUAACAUACUUCUAUAUUUUACAACGGGGAAUUCCAGCUCAGUGUAGCAGAUGUUUCAUGGCAUACUCCAGACCUAAUUUCGAAAUGAAUCCGCCGUCAUGGUAUCCUCUUAUGGGACCUCAUAUUGUAGACAAUGAUUUUGAGUUCGAAGAUGAUUUGGAUUUGAAUCAGGGUGGUUGGCGACAAGAUAAAACUAAGUGCAGAUUACCUAAUGGGAUCAUAAGUGAAAAUUGCAACGACUUCGAAGGUAGCGGUACAGAUGCGCCUCCUACUACUACCGAUUCUUGGGCACAUUUACCAGAGGCACAGGAUGAAUAUAUGGAAUAUGAUAAUUUCGACGACAUUGAUUUUGAGGAAACCCCACGCAGACGUCGUCAUACUUUUACCAGAUCUAAGUACAGCCGUCGAUACAGGCAAUAAAAAGGUAUCCGUCUGUUUUUAAUUUUCGGAAAGGACAUGAAUUGCAAUUUUGAAUAAUAAUUUCUCAAUGUAAAGUGAAGUAGUUCCUAAAUAUCUAUAAGAAAAGCGCACUUAAACUUAAAAAAUAAAAAAAAACAUUUGAACAUUUAAA